AUGGCCGCGGAACCCCUUUCCAAUGGCGUCGGUGCCAACAACAAGAAGGUGGCCUACUUCUACGACUCUGAUGUGGGCAACUACGCCUAUGUCUCCGGACACCCCAUGAAGCCUCAUCGCAUACGCAUGACCCACAGCUUGGUCAUGAAUUACGGCCUGUACAAGAAGAUGGAGAUCUACGUAAGACUUCCUAUAUCCCGCUAUGAGCCACAGAAAAGCGCCCAUUCUAAUGCGCAAACCAAACAGCGUGCGAAGCCGGCUUCGAAGUACGAAAUGACCCAGUUCCACACCGAUGAAUACAUCGACUUCUUGUCAAAAGUGACGCCAGACAACAUGGAUCAGUUCUCGAAGGAGCAAAGCCGAUACAAUGUAGGUGACGACUGCCCGGUUUUUGAUGGUCUGUUCGAAUUCUGCGGUAUCAGUGCUGGUGGCAGCAUGGAAGGCGCUGCGCGGUUGAACCGCGGCAAGUGCGACGUCGCUGUCAACUGGGCUGGUGGUCUUCACCAUGCGAAAAAGAGCGAAGCUAGUGGUUUCUGCUACGUAAACGACAUUGUUCUCGGCAUCCUCGAGUUGCUUCGAUUCAAGCAGCGCGUCCUCUACGUUGAUAUCGAUGUUCACCAUGGUGAUGGUGUUGAAGAAGCGUUCUACACCACAGAUCGCGUCAUGACAGUCUCGUUCCACAAGUAUGGCGAAUAUUUCCCCGGUACCGGUGAACUCCGUGAUAUUGGUGUCGGCUCGGGCAAAUACUAUGCCGUCAAUUUCCCUCUCCGCGAUGGUAUCAACGACGCCUCCUACAAGAGCAUUUUCGAGCCUGUGAUCAAGAGCGUCAUGGAAUGGUACCGCCCAGAGGCUGUGGUCCUUCAGUGUGGGGGUGACAGUUUGUCUGGUGAUCGUCUCGGUUGCUUUAACCUCAGUAUGCGCGGACAUGCCAACUGCGUCAACUUCAUUAAGAGUUUCGACCUGCCGACUUUGAUCCUCGGUGGUGGUGGUUACACCAUGCGCAACGUUGCACGUACCUGGGCCUUCGAAACUGGUAUCCUUGUCGGAGAUAACUUGGAAUCUGAGCUACCCUACAACGACUACUAUGAGUAUUUCGCUCCCGAUUAUGAGCUUGACGUCCGUCCCUCGAACAUGGACAAUGCCAACACAAAGGAUUACCUGGACAAGAUUCGCAACCAGGUCGUUGAAAAUCUCAAACGCACGGCCUUUGCGCCGUCGGUUCAGAUGACUGAUGUACCGCGCAAUUCCCUCCUGGAUGGCAUGGAUGACGAAGCCGAUGAUAUUCUCGAUGACCUGGAUGAAGAUGAGAACAAGGACAAGCGAUUCACCCAGCGCCGCUUCGAUCAGUACGUAGAGAAACCUGGGGAGCUUAGUGAGAGCGAGGAUGAGGAGGAGAAUGCAGCCAAUGGUGUCCGUCGUCAACCCGGUGCUCUUCGUCGCCGAAACCAAGCCAACUACAGAAAUCUUGAUCCUGCAGACUCUGGCCUCGACAGCGGCAUGGCUACUCCCCUCGAAGCAUCCUCAAUUGCCGACAACGAAAUGGAUAUUGCCUUUGACUCAAAGAUGGCAGAUGCCCCAAGAACUGAUCCCGACACGGCAGCCACUGCCAAUGACCAGGAUACCCCAGUGGCUGAUUCGGACCGCAUGGUACUAGAGGGAGAAGAUAAGGGUAUGUCUGCAGCCGUGUCUCAGCAACCAUCUCCUACGCGCGAUGAAGAUACCACAAUGGAAGACGCCAGUGCACCAGCCACAGAGACUGAGCAGUCUGGUGCAGCCGAAACUCAGGAUGAGAAGAAACCUGAGGCAUUCCCUGCCGCUGAGGAAAUAUCUAAAGCACACCUGUCUCCCUCCGGGGCCCAAUCGCUUUCGAAGGAGUCUUCAGCACCCGCAGUAGAGGGCUCUGCGCAAUUCACGCCGGCUGGCGAUUCCGAGGAGGCCCAGGGAGCACCUGCAGCGUCUGUUGAAGAACUGACAACGAAGGAGGAAUAA